UUGCUCCCACCGCAAAUUAGGAGAAUUGCGAGAGAAAAAAUAAAGUAUAAGUAUAUUAUAUAUAAGCAAACAAACCCUUGUGUGCUUCAAAUUCCGAUAAAUUGAAGCUCCGAGAUCUCCCAGACUGUGUGUGUUUUGUAUGUGUGCGAGAUCGUGAAAAAAAUCUUCAUGGCUAUGGGGACGGAACGAUCCAAGGCGUUGCACAAUUUCACGAUGCCGUGCGGUCUCCGCUGGGGCAAUCACCGGAUCCUCCGCUGCAUGAGGGUCAACUCUGACGCCCAAACCUCCCCGCUCCGCCGCCACGCCGCCGGCUCCGAUCACCACCCAAUCCAGCAGCGCCGCACCACCAGGGAGCGGAAUAAGGACGACUUUGUCAACGAAUCGCCCAAAUCGUGCGGCCGUGGAUUCUCCGAGGACGCCGACAACGGGAUUGCGGCCACCAGGGAGAAAGUGAUGCUCGAUCUCCAGACAGCGGCGGAUAAGAUGAAGGAUGCGAUCUUCAAGGAAGGCCUCGAGGAAGGGGAGGUCGCCGCCUCCCUGCCUCACCCGUCCCCGCCGCCUCCUGCCGAGGCUGAGGGUUACUGCCCCUGGAAUUUGAGGACGCGCCGAGCCGCGUGCAGAGCCACCCCUCCGGGAAGGAGCAGUGGCGACUCCGCCGCCGUCGGCGGCGGAAGCGAUGUCGGCGGUGGGAAGAUUUUCAGGAUGGAUUUGCCGCUGCCGGCUGGAUCCUCUCAGAUUCGGUCAGGGCAGAAAUCGCCGAUGCGUAAGAGUGACGACGUCGGUGCGGCGGCGGCGAGCGGGAGGAAGAGAGAGCGGGAGAAGUUCUCAGUGGCGCUAUCGAAGCGAGACAUCGAGGAGGAUUUCUACGCGAUGGUAGGUCACCGGCCGCCCCGUAGACCGAAGAAGAGGCCGAGGAUUGUUCAGAAACAAUUGGAUACCUUAUUUCCGGGAUUGUGGCUGACGGAAGUUACAACAGACAUGUACAAGGUUAUUGAAGCUGCCCCUCAUUAGUUUUUUCAAAGGAGAUAGGAUUCUUCUUGCUCGUUUACUGAUUGAUUUUGGAGGAUGUACUGAUAUAGAGGCUUAUUGCACCAGCAUUGUUCAUUCGGGGUUGGCGCCAAGUGCCGAAAUUCCUCGUGGUGUUGAAGGGAAAGGUUUAUAGCUGCUUUGCUUUAGGGAUUCUGAUUUUUGCUUCUUUCACUGCUUAUAAUUGUUCAUAUAUAUGUUUCUCUUUUUUCAUGGAAUAAAGUUCACAUAGUGGAAAAGUAAGUUAGGGAUUUUUUUCUUUCUACUUUCUCUCAAUUGAACUCCUAUCCUUUAUGUCUGAUAUAUCCAACCUCAAAAUUAUCAUUUUUAACAAACUGCAAGCAGUAUUUACUGUCUUUUUGUA